AUGCCCUCUGUCGACGUCAUGGACAGCGCACCCUCGAAUCCUGCUACUCAGAAGAGCGAGAACCAAAAAUCCGUCAAGGUGCUCGAUGAGCUGUUGAACAAGCUGACCAUCUCGAAGACUGCGGAUGAGACGAGCGCUGCUGCGGGCAACAUCGCUACUUUCAUCAAUGGAGACAUUGAGGAGCAUGAUGCUCCCACGAAAGCGGUCGCAGUCUUAAAGCAGCAACUCGCAAAUAAGAAAGACGCAGGUGCACGAGAACGUGGCCUGAACACCAUCCGGGCCAUUGCCCAGCACUCCUCGAUAUCCGCAAAUGUCGAACCAUACUUGGUGGCGCUCCUCGCGCCGACUCUCUCGGCCGUUGGUGACAAGAUGACCCCAGUCAAGACCGCCGCACAAGCAGCAGCUCUCGCGAUAGCGAAGGCUAUAAAUCCCAACGGUGUCAAGGCCAUCCUACCUCCGAUCAUUCACUCGAUCAGAAAUGCUCAGAAAUGGCCCGAGAAGAUGACUUGCCUGCAGUGCAUCGAAGCACUUGUCGAGUCCGCACCAGCACAACUUGCCUACCGAGUCCCAGACCUGAUUCCGGUCGUCUCAGAAGCAAUGUGGGAUACCAAGGCUGAAGUCAAGAAGGCUGCAUAUGGUACCAUGGAGAAAGUCUGCAAUUUGAUUGUGAACAAGGAUAUCGACCGCUUCAUCCCCGAACUUAUCAAAUGUAUCGCCAAGCCAGAAAAUGUCCCCGAGACCGUCCAUCUCCUUGGUGCCACCACCUUCGUCACUGAUGUUCACGAACCAACUCUGGCUAUCAUGGUUCCUCUCCUCGACCGUGGUCUUGCAGAGCGCGAGACAGCUGUUAAGCGAAAGGCCGCUGUCAUCGUUGAUAACAUGUGCAAGCUUGUCGAAGAUCCCAACAUCGUGGCCGCUUUCUUGCCCAAACUCAUGCCUGCCCUGCAGAAGAACUACGAUAAUUUGGCUGAUCCCGAGGCUCGUGAGAAGACAAAGCAAGGUCUAGAGACUCUGGUCCGUGUCGGAAACGUCAAAGACGGCAAGAUCCCCGAGAAGUCCCACGCUGGUGAAGUCACGACUGUCCACGGUGUUCUGAAGCAGAUCCUGGAGCCUUCGCACAAGGACGCCGUGCACAAGUUUGGCCCAGUGGUAGAAUACAUCGCAGCCAUCGCUGGUCAAUUGAUCGAUGAGAAAGACAAUGACUCUGCUAGCUGGACUGAAAACACCCUCCCAUACAUUACAGCUAUUGUUGGCGACAAAGAUGCUAGAGGAAUUGCCGAUGCUCUUCGAAAGCGCGCAUCUCCAGGUGCAGUUGACGAAGCUGAUGAUGAGGAAGAUGACGAGGAAGGCGAGGACCUUUGCAACUGCACAUUCAACUUGGCCUACGGCGCUAAGAUCCUCCUGAAUCAAACACAUCUCCGUCUCAAGCGCGGUCAACGCUACGGUCUUCUCGGUCCCAAUGGUUCUGGAAAAUCCACCCUCAUGCGCGCGAUCAACAACGAGCAAGUCGAGGGAUUCCCAAAGAAGGACGAGGUCAAGACCGUCUUCGUCGAGCACGACCUUGACUCGGCCGAUACCGAGCAAACCGUUAUCGGCUGGACCAUGAAGAAGCUUGGUGACGUUGGCCUGACCAUUGAGAAACCUGCGGUCGAGGCCAAGCUUGAGGAAUUCGGGUUCUUCAAAGAGCAAUUUGAGGGUCCCAUCACCGCGCUAUCUGGUGGCUGGAAAAUGAAGUUGGCUCUUGCCCGUGCCGUCUUCGAAGACCCCGACAUCCUCCUUUUGGAUGAGCCUACCAACCAUCUGGAUGUCAAGAACGUCAAGUGGCUCGAGGACUACCUGACCAAUUCGCCCUGCACAUCGAUUAUUGUGUCGCACGACAGCAAAUUCCUCAACAAUGUCAUUCAGCACGUUAUCCACUACGAGCGCUUCAAGCUGAGGAGAUACCGAGGCAACCUUGGCGAAUUUGUGAAGAAGGUCCCAUCUGCUCGCUCAUACUACGAGCUGAGUGCCUCCGAAAUGGAGUUCAAAUUUCCCGAGCCAGGUUUCCUCGAGGGUGUCAAGACCAAGGCCAAGGCCAUCGUCCGUGUCAACAACAUGACCUUCCAAUACCCAGGUACCAGCAAGCCUCAAAUCCAGGACAUCACUUUCCAAUGUUCGCUCGGCUCCCGUAUCGCUGUCAUUGGUCCUAAUGGUGCCGGCAAGUCUACUCUCAUCAACGUCCUUACCGGAGAGCUCAUCCCUACGAUUGGUGAUGUUUACACGCACGAGAACAUCCGUAUUGCCUACAUCAAGCAGCACGCCUUCGCCCACAUUGAUCACCACUUGGACUUGACUCCGUCAGAGUACAUCCAGUGGCGAUUCCAGACCGGUGAAGAUCGAGAGACGAUGGACCGCGCCAACAAGAUUGUCACCGACGAGGACGAGAAGGCUAUGGACAAGAUCUACAAGGUUGACGGCACACAACGACGAGUCAUUGGCAUCCACUCUCGAAGAAAGUUCAAGAACUCCUACGAGUAUGAGUGUUCCUUUGUUCUCGGCGAGAACGUUGGCCAGAAGAACGAGAGGUGGACUCCGAUGAUGACUGCUGACAACGCCUGGAUCCCACGUACCGAAAUCCUUGUUUCUCACUCCAAGAUGGUUGCAGACGUCGACCAAAAAGAAGCUUUGGCAAGCGGACAGUUCCGUCCAUUGGUCCGAAAGGAGAUCGAGGCUCACGGCGCUAACUUUGGUCUCGAUGCUGAGCUCAUCUCCCACUCACGUAUGCGUGGUCUCUCCGGUGGGCAGCGUGUCAAGGUCGUGCUUGCUGCCUGCUCGUGGCAGCGACCUCAUUUGAUCGUUCUUGAUGAACCGACCAACUACUUGGACCGUGACUCCCUGGGCGCUUUGUCAAAGGCUCUCAAGUCAUUCGAGGGUGGUGUCAUCAUCAUCACUCACUCGGCUGAGUUCACGCAGAAUCUGACUGAAGAGGUCUGGGCAGUCAUGGACGGUAGGAUGACGCCUUCCGGUCACAGCUGGAUCUCGGGCCAAGGCUCUGGUCCUCGCCUCAAGGAAGACGGCGAAGAGGAAGAGCGCUUUGACGCCAUGGGUAACAAGAUCGACUCAACGAAGAAGAAGGUCAAACUAUCUUCUGCUGAGCUGAGAAAGAAGAAGAAGGAUCGGAUGGCCAAGCGCAAGGCUGGUAUUGAGGUCUUCUCUGACGAGGAGUAG